CAUGAUGGCGUGGGCAACCGUUGCAAACAGAGCAAACAACCCCUUUCCGCUUCCCCACACCACGCUCUGCCGUUUCCCCGCUUUCUCCAAGUCUCUUCAUGCCUAGGCUGUUUGGCUCGGAGGUUGCACACCGGAUAUAAAGCACAACUUCGCCGUCGGCGUUUGCAUCCUAUCCAGACAACACUUAAAUCUUGCUUUGUUAUUAUUUUGGCUGUAAUAUGCUACUUGGAAGAAUACCUUUGGCUCCAGCAUCCUCGUUGUUCUCUACCACCAGCAGAAGCCAAGUUCAGAUUAGGCGAUUGAAUUCAAUUGCACAUAAAGCAAUGGCAACUUCAAAGAAUACCCGGAUCAAGAAUCCGGCUCUGUUUGUCUGCGAUAUCCAGGAACGUUUCAGGCCAAUUAUCUAUGAGUUCCCGAAGAUGGUAUCUACCUCCCUCAAAAUCCUCCGAGCCUGCAAACCACUUGGCAUCCCCAUCUACGUAACCACCCAGAACCGCGCCCGUCUGGGCAACACAGUGUCCGAAUUCGCACCCUACCUCGACCCUUCCAACCCCAAUCUCCGCGCCGAUUUCGACAAGACCUUAUUUUCGAUGGUGAUUCCGGAGAUCAAGGCUCUGCUGCCCAAUACCGCUGCCACAGGAGGUAACCAGGAGCCUCUCGAUGUCAUCCUGAUUGGAAUCGAGUCGCACGUUUGCGUCACGCAGACAGCCUUGGAUCUAUUGGCGCUAGGCCAUAGGGUGUAUUUGGUUUGGGAUGCUGUGAGCAGCUGCAAUGCUGAGGAGAGGAAUGUGGCGAUGGCGCGACUGAGAGAUGCUGGGGCAAUUGUGACGACGAGUGAGAGUAUUUUGUUUGAGGUUAUGGCGGAUGCGAAGGUCCAAGGAUUCAAGGAGGUCAGUGGGCUGGUAAAAGAGACUGGUGAGGACACGAAAAAGGCACUGGGGGCCUUUUGCGCAAAGAUUUAAAGAAUUUUCGGCUACAGUGGACUUCGACGGCUAUUCGGAUGCUAGGAGGCAGAAUUAUUACGUAUUUUAUAUAAGCUGAUAACAUCUAUCCUUUCUGGACGUUUUGGGCAAGUCAUUGACGCUCGUCUAGGGACCAUGUUAUAGAUUUGCUAUUUUUAAAAUUUCUAUUUUCUUUUUCUUUUUUCUUUU